AUGGCUUCUCCAGUGGCCAAAGCCAUCACCACCUCCUCCUCCGUCGCAAUCCUCCUCAUCAUCCUCCUUAAUGCCUCUCUCUGCAACUCAUCGAUUUCAGACGAAGACCCAUCGCCAACCCCAUGGCCCCACCAAUUCCACUCCAUUUUGGUGAUGAACUACACCGGAACCCUCCAGCUGAUCGACCUCUGGUACGACUGGCCCAACGGUCGAAACUUCAACAUCAUCCAGCACCAGCUGGGUUCGGUCCUCUACGACCUCGAGUGGAACAAUGGAACCUCCUUCUUCUACACAUUGGACUCCGCCAGAGAGUGCAGAACCGCCCAGAUAGAAGUGGGUAUUCUCCGACCCGACUGGCUCGACGGAGCCAAGUAUCUGGGUCGCCGACAGGUGGAUGGGUUCCUUUGCGAUGUUUGGGAGAAGGCCGACUUCAUUUCGUAUUAUGAGGAUGUUGCUACCAAGAGGCCUGUCCAUUGGGUCUUUUACACAGGGAGGGAGGCGCAUGUGAUGACAUUUGAGGUUGGGGCAGUGCUUGAGGAUGCCAAAUGGCAAGCCCCCUUAUACUGCUUUGAUAAGAAAACUGAAACUCACCCACAACCAGAACCAGAAGCAGAGUUUUCCAUCACUGGUGGUGGUGCUUCUUCAAUGGUUGGAUUUCUCAGAGGUUCAAAUCAAUUGGGAUUCAAUAUGUAA